AUGUUACCAUUUAAAGAGUUAAGCAUCGCCCUGACGUCGCUGAUUUCUUGGAUUCUGUUCAACGAUACACCUAGCGAUCCUGAGGGAUAUGUACGCGACACAUCGGUCAUACGUGCCGAGUAUGAUUUUAUUAUCAUUGGCGCUGGAGCAGCCGGCGCUGUUAUCGCUAAUCGCCUCACUGAAGUGGCCGAUUGGAACGUGCUGCUGCUGGAAGCGGGAGACGAGGAGACUAUAACUGGGCAAGUACCGCUCCUGGCCGCUAGCUUGCAAUUGACGAAUAUGGAUUGGCAGUUCAAAACAGAGCCACAGGACAAUGCUUGCAAAGGAAUUCUCAAUGGGCGGUGCAACUGGCCUCGGGGUAAGAUGUUGGGCGGAAGCACAUCUCUCCACUACAUGUUGUACGUUCGAGGAAACAAGCGAGACUACGACAACUGGAGGGACGUUUAUGGAUUCGGAAGACAAUCAAAAUCCGUACCUGGCUGGAACCAAAUAUCACGGCAAAGGCGGAUAUUUGACAGUUGGCGAGGCGGGUUACACCUCACCACUAGGUGCCGCAUUCAUCCAAGGAGGAGUGGAAAUGGGAUACAAAAAUCGGGACUGCAACGGCGAAUUCCAGACGGGUGUUAUGAUUCCACAGGGAACAAUACGUCGAGGAAGUCGUUGUUCUACCUCCAAAGCAUUUUUGCGAUUAGUCCGCAAUCGAAAAAACCUUCACAUUUCAAUGAAUUCGCAUGUGUUAAAGGUUAUCAUCGAUCCCGUUACGAAAGUGCUACGGAUGUGCAGUUUGAAAAAGGUGGCCGAAUGUAUUUAGUCAAGGCCACUAAAGAAAUUGUGUUAUCAGCCGGAAGCAUUGCAACUCCGCAAAUCCUCAUGUUGAGUGGAGUUGGCCCAGCAGAUCAUCUGACAGAGAAGGGAAUAAGUCCGGUCAUAGCUGAUCUUCCUGUCGGAAAGAACUUGCAUGACCAUGUCGGAAUAAUUGGAAUGGUUUUCCUGAUUGAUGAACCAUACUCCAUUCUUGCCGCUAGACUGUUGUCACUUCCAAUUAUUGUUAAUUACACCCUCUUCGGGGGAACUCCCAUGUCUCUGUUAGGCGGGGUGGAAGGACUUGGUUUUAUUAAAUCGAAAUACGCGGAUCCGGAUUCUGAUUAUCCCGACAUACAGAUGCAUUUCGCUUCCGGUAGUGAAAUGUCUGACGAUGGCACCGCUUUGCGCUACGCCCAUGGAUUUACCGAUGAAAUUUGGAAUGAAUAUUACUUGCCAUUAGCCAACAAAGAUACUUGGACCAUCUUCCCAUACAAGUUGCGGCCAAAGUCCCGUGGAUACAUCCGUCUCAAUUCCAAAGAUCCUUACGACCAACCCCUUAUCAAUCCAAACUACUAUUCAGAUCCCGACAACGAAGAUAUCAAAGUGACUAUCGAGGCUGUCAAGUUCGCUUUAGCUCUCAGCAAAACAGAAGCCUUUCAAAAAAUGGGAACCAGGUUUUACGACAAACCUUUCCCCGGAUGUAAAGAUAAGGAACUUUGGACGGACGAAUAUUGGGAGUGUUGGAUCAAGAGCGCCACUUUCACCUUGGCACAUACAGUUGGCACUUGCAAAAUGGGUCCUGUCGCUGAUGAUACGGUCGUCGUUGAUCCUCAACUAAAAGUCAAAGGUAUAAAGCACCUUCGUGUCGCCGAUACAUCCGUUAUGCCGGCAGUACCCAGUGGAAAUACAAACGCACCAACGAUUAUGGUUGGAGAAAAGGCGGCGGACUUGAUUAAGAAAGAUUGGUUAUAACGGAGAUGUUACCUCGUCGAUUUGAAUCACCAAUGAUCAAUAACUUGUGAAUUAAAUUAUUUUGUUUUAGCAUAUUUAUCAUCUAAAUUAUUUAUUUUAUUGAAUUGAUACACUUGUGUUUAGAGCUUAACGAAUAAAUAUUUCUUACUUCCAAAGGUAUUUAGAACGGAAAGAAAAACAGAGGGAAUUGGAAUAAUUUUUUUAUGAACCUAAACUGAUUUAUCAAUUAUAAGCGUAAUUUUUUAAAAAAUGUUUCACAUGUGAUGAGCCUGUGAUCUG